GCCUCGAGGGCGCCUGUGGCUGUCAGAGCUGGAGCCGGGAGCCUGAGCUGAAACCUAAGCGAACCGGCCAUGGAGAGUCACCGUUGGCUGCCUCUGGAGGCCAAUCCCGAGGUCACCAACCAGUUUCUCAAACAAUUAGGUCUGCAUCCCAACUGGCAAUUUGUUGAUGUGUAUGGUAUGGAACCUGAACUCCUUAGCAUGGUGCCACGACCAGUUUGUGCUGUACUGCUUCUCUUUCCAAUCACAGAAAAGUAUGAAGUAUUCAGAAUAGAAGAAGAAGAAAAAAUAAAAUCAGAGGGACAAGACGUCACAGAAUCGGUGUAUUUCAUGAAGCAAACCAUCAGUAAUGCCUGUGGAACAAUUGGUUUGAUCCACGCCAUUGCUAACAACAAAGACAAAAUGAAUUUUGAAUCUGGAUCAGCAUUGAAAAAGUUCUUGGAAGAAUCUCUAAGUAUGAAUCCUGAAGAAAGAGCCAGAUACCUAGAAAAAUAUGAAGCUAUUCGAGUUACUCAUGAAUCGAGUGCCCAUGAAGGUCAGACAGAGGCACCAAGUAUAGAUGAAAAAGUAGAUCUGCAUUUUAUUGCAUUAGUUCAUGUAGAUGGGCAUCUCUAUGAAUUAGAUGGGCGCAAACCAUUUCCAAUUAACCAUGGGAAAACUAGUGAUGAUACUUUAUUAGAGGAUGCCAUAGAAGUUUGCAAGAAGUUCAUGGAACGGGACCCGGAAGAGUUAAGAUUUAACGCAAUUGCUCUUUCUGCAGCAUAGCUGAUGCAUAGAGGAGACACCAGUACUGUAUUAUUUGUAACAGAAGUAAAAUUCCUCCUGCCAUACUCCAGUACUCACAAAUUUUGAUAUUUUCAUGAUGAUAUUGAUGAUACUGACCAAUAAUAGUUUAUGUGCAUUAAACUUUGAAUUAAUCUG